AUGUCCGCCAAGACCGCUCCUCCCUCGCGCCCCUUGGUGACGUUCUACCUUACGUGCUACAACCUCCUUCAGUUUGUGGGAUGGUUGCGUAUCUUUAUCGGCAUUGUGCUCUUCUUGGUGCACGGCUCGGAUGCGCGCAAGAUGGUGUACCAGUCGGUAGUGGACUUUGUGCAUAAGUACACCCCCGACGUGGUUGCCUCGCCUGCGGUCUCCUUUGCGAACCACCACCCGGUGAUUGCGACGGUGCUCGGCCGCAUGUCUGAGAUGCACGAGUACAUCGGCACCCUGGUCGUCAUCUUCCAGACGCUCGCCAUCCUCGAGGUCGUCCACGCGAUGGUGGGCUUUGUCAAGUCGAGCCCGGUCACCACGUUUAUGCAGGUCGCCUCGCGCCUGAUCGUCCUCUGGUUCGUUACGGAGAAGUACGAGGCGGCGGCCAAGAGCCCGUUCUACACGGUGAUGGUCUUUGCCUGGUCGCUCUCCGAGGUGACGCGCUACCCCUUCUACGUGAACCAGCUGCUGGACUCGCCGUCGUUCAUGGCGCUCUGGGCACGCUACUCGUUCUUUAUCGUGCUCUACCCCAUGGGCGUGAUCGGCGAGAUGCAGUCGAUCUGGGCAUCGCUCCCGCACGACGUCGCCUGGCCCUGGGUCGACGCGACGGGCUGGAGCGUGCGUGACCUCGUGUUCCUCGCGCUGCUCCCGCUGUACAUUCCCGGCCUGUUCUACCUGUACACCUACCUGCUGGCCUCGCGCCGCAAGGUGCUUGGCAACGACUUCAUCGGCAGCAAGGGCCGCGCCGCCGUCCAGGCGAAGCGCGACGCGUACCUCGCGCGCUUCCGCAAGCUCCACGACAAGAAGGAGCAGGACAAGGAAGACGCCGAAAUCAACCAGUCGUGGCAGUAG